AUGCCCAUGGAGAGCAGCUCUGGCGCCCCGUGCUGCUACAGACCAGGACAGGGCCCUCUGAAACCAGCUGUGGCUGCCACUGCUGCUCCAGGACAGGGCCCUCUGAAAUCAGCUUGGGCCCCCAGUGCUGCCUCAGGACUGGGAUCUUUCCGACCAGCUGAGCCUCGCCCACUGUUGGACAUCCCUGAGCCAGAGUGGGCGAGAAAGGUAAGGCUCGCCACUGGGGAGAGAGAGGAGUGGUUUGAGAGCUGGUGGAGGAGGAAACCAGCUCUCAAACCAGCAGGUAAGUAUUCAGGUAAGUGAUUUCACUCCUGUUACAAACAAAACUAGAGUUUCCUCAUUUAAGUUAAACUUAGUGUCAUUCAUUUGUAAAAAGGUCUUCAGGUGUUUUGAGGUGUAAUAUUGAGGUGGCUUUACUUUGUUUAGUGUUUUAGUUCUUCAAAGUUUGAAAUAAGAGUGUGUGUCUGUGAAGGGGGAGAUUAAUUCAGUGUUAGUUUUGUUAGUUUAGUGGGGGAGACAAGACAUAAACGUGGACUCUGGAAAACUAAAGCAGGUAAGAAAGGUCAAAGUUGACAAGGACUAAUAACAAGGAAGCACAGAGGUUAGGGUUUUAUUGUGAGUGGUAUUCUUUUGUUCUAUUUCAUCCCUCCUGACCGCCAGAGGCGGUGCUUUAA